AUGUUUUUAUACUUUCAUGAUCCAGAGAAUUUAAAGAACUUUUUAGGAUAUUGUGCAACAGUUACGACAGUAGUUCAAUUUUUGACUGGCUCAUUGAUAUGUAGAAAUUAUAUUAAAAAGAAAAGUACUGGGGAGACGAGUGCAUUACCAUUUGUAUCAGGACUUCUAUCAUGCUCAUUAUGGCUCCGUUAUGGAUUCCUCAUUAAUGAAAAUUCAUUAAUACUCGUUAAUUCAAUUGGAGCAUUUUUAUUUGCCUUAUAUUGCAUUACAUAUUUUAUGUUUACUGUAAAUAAGAGACGAUUCUUACAUCAAAUCGCACUAGUGCUGUUAAUGAUUACAUUUUCAAUUGUAUAUAGUCGUGUUGAAUUAGAUGAUAUGAAGGCAUCAAAAUUAAUUGGCUUGCUGUGUUGUUCCGUAGGAGUAUUCUUCUUUGCAUCACCACUUAUUAAGUUAAGACAUGUCGUAAUGACAAAAAAUACUGAAGUGCUUCCUUUCCCGAUAAUUCUGACGAGUUUCUUUGUGACUCUUCAAUGGUACAUCUAUGGCUACCUGCUAGGUGAUUCCUUUAUCCAAAUACCAAAUUUUUUGGGAUGUAUUCUAUCAGCGAUUCAACUUACUCUAUUUGUGAUAUAUCCAAGUAAAAGUGAUAUCAGAUAUAAACCAUUAAGUUCGAUUGACUUUUAG